AUGCGAACCGACUACCUGUCUAAGGUCAGUGCUACAGUCUUGGCCUUCCUCUCACCAUCUUCCUUCCGUCUUUCAAGUGGAGAAGCUUCCCCAAAGGAACUCGUCCCUAUCAAGACUGUCGCUAUAAUUGGUAGUGCGGGCGCAGGGGGCUCUUCAACUGCUUACUUCCUAAACAAGUUCCUGCAACCUCCUCAAAUUAAUCGUAAACAUGACCACAGUAUCACCAUCUUUGAUCAAGAUGACAAGAUCGGAGGCCGCUGCACAGUCUUCCGUGUCAGUGAUUAUCAUCCAGACCGCAACGGUACAGUGCAAAAGGACAAAUACAUUGAAGUUGGCGCAAGUAUCUUUGUCAAAGCCAACUACAAUUUAGUAGAUGCUGCUAAGCAAUUUGGACUCAAGACUGAGCCUUUAGCAGAUGAAAUGAUGGCAAUUUGGGAUGGAAAAACAAUCCUUUUCGAAGAAAGUCGGUGGAAGUACUGGUCCGUUUUCAAGGGUUUCAGGCGAUGGGGGUUUUCGCCCUUUAAGCUUCGAGUAAUCAUAUUAAAUACCGUGAAUGACCUAUUAGAAUUCUAUGUAUCUCCUGAGACUUUUGACUCCAUUUCUGAGUUCGCUCGACGGUUCAAGCUGGAUAAGCUCGCGUCUAUAAUGUCUGAACAGUUUCUUGAAUCAAGCGGCAUUAGCAAGCAGUAUGCAACUGAGGUAAUUGAGGUCGCAACUCGAGUCAACUAUGGAUCUAAUCUUCACGAGAUCCACACCCUAGGCGCCAUGGUCUCUAUGGCGGCCAACGAUGCACUUCGAGUCCAAGGUGGCAACUUCCAAAUAUUUGAAGGCAUGGUGGGUCAUAGUAAGGCCCAUGUUCGGCUGAGCACUAAAAUUGCACGCGUUCGACGGACCAAACCAGAGUACGAAGGCGCUGAUACUAAAUUCGAAGUCAUUACCGCUUCAGGACAAAAGCAAGUCUUUGAUAUAGUUGUUAUUGCUGCACCUAUUCAAUCAACCAAUAUUGAUUUUGACCUGGACUUGCCUCCCCUACCCGAAGUGGAGUACCGAACAAUCUAUGCAACAUUUGUCCGCGGCCAUGUCAAUCCUGCGUACUUUAAAGUUCCACCGACUAAAAAGCUUCCAGCCCAUAUCCUCAGCACCAAUUCAGAAGACGUUGAGGUCACGUCCAUAAGCAUUCAAGCUAAAAUGAGUAAUGGUGAGACUGUCACCAAGAUUUUCUCGCCCAAGCCAAUUCAAGAAGAACACUUGGAUCGACUAUAUUUGAAUCGAACAUGGGUCAAGAGCAAGAUUUGGAAGGCAUAUCCAAAACUCCACCCGCUUGAUUUGGAUAAUGAAGACAAGGAUAAAAAGACAUCAGUGGAUCCUUUCUCUGAGAUCAAUACAAACAACGAACAAGUGAUCCUUAAGAAGCGGGAAGAAGAGAAGGCAAGAGCUUCAUGGGGCCAGAUCGAGAUUGUUCCGGGUGUAUUUUAUGUUAAUGCGCUCGAGCCUCUCAUUUCGACUAUGGAGACAGAGACUAUCGCCGGAGAGAACGUUGCUAGACUUGUACGAGAUCGUAUUCUCGGGUACUGUCCCGUCGAAAAGAUAACCAAGAGAAUGUAAAGACAAAAAAUGCAUAGUUAGUUUGUAAAUAUUCUUGCCAUACUGCAAUAUACAUCACGUGGUUAUCCUAGUGACUGGC